AUUUAAAGGGCAGCAAGCAUUUUCCCUAAUAGCAAGUUAGCAGUUCUACAUCGCUGUAAAACACAAGCAGUACCAAUAUGUGCAUUGUUAUGUACGCAUCUAUAUAUAUGUAUGGUGAUAUUUGGGAGUGUAUAUUAACAUGGGUGCAAGUUUUGUUGCGCCAGUGAAUAGAUAUUCCAACUGGGCUUGAAAAGAUUCUGGUACCUUGAAGACAGGGCAGGGAAAAUUGUGGCCUUCUAGAUAUUGUUGGAUUGCAACUGCCAACACCCCUGACCCAAUAUUGGCCAUUGAGACUCAUGCUGAUGGGAGUUGGAGUCCAAGAGUAUCAGGAAGCCCAUUGGUUCUACAGCCCUGCUUUUAAGGCUUGCAGAUAAGAGGAUAAUUCCACUUGGUACAAUUUCUCUUAUCACUGACUACCUGUGAUGAGAAAAGCUGAACUUAGAAAAAUGGUUAAGGCAAUCUCUCAAGUUCUGGACUAGGGAAACAUAAUUACUACUACCCAGUAUACCCAACUCUAGAGGGUGCAAAGGCCAUCUCCUAGCAGUAGGAAUGUCAAUGUAUUCUGGCAGCCCUCAAUACAAAACACAAUAAAGCUUUUUCCAGCGCUUUAUUUCCAUGCUGGGAAAAGGUUCGUUUCUUGAAUUAAUUUCUUUCCAUCUUUCUUUCUACUUACUUUAUAUCUGUUUUCUUUUAAAUUUAGACAUGACAGGUAAUGUAAAACAUAACAACAUAAAUGUAAAAAAUAAUAAUCGUAUCUUCUUUCUCUUCCUGUAUUUUUACAUAUCCAGUGAAUAUAUGCUUUACCUGAAACUUUUAAAAGCACAGGAGCAUGUCAGGGGUGUGUGUGUGGGGGGGAGAUAUUCUUACUAUUUUUAAAAUUGAGAUUUGUUUUUGGGGGAACCAGACUCCUGGGGUCAGCAUUUUUUCAGAUGUUACUGCAAACCAUCAUUAUUCUUGUGAAUACCUUCGUGGGUCCAUGAAUUUGUGUCCAAGUGCUAAGCUCUUUUUAAUUUUGUGAAAUUUAAUAUUGGAAUAAAUUUGAUGUACCUGUGCCAGGAAGGGGGAAAUGUUAACCCUCCAAAUGUUGAAAUGCAGCUUCUCUCAUCCCUGGCCAUUUGCUCCGCUGCCUAGCACUGAUGGAUGUUGGAGUCCUGCAACAGCUGGCAGGCCACAGGUUCCCCACCCCAGGCCUGUAUUGUAGAACCCCGUAACUUCAGCAGCCCCAAUCUACAGAGCUCUGCAAAGCCUCCGUUGGCAAAGAAAUCUGAACAUGUGCUUAAAUCAAAAGGCCUCUUAGUCACGUGUUUAACAAAGGCUUGUUUCAGCCAAUAGGAUGAGACUUGCUUUUAUAUUGCACAGCUUUUUACCCGGCACUUCAUUAUGUUAUUAAGGCAACCCUUUGGGGAAACUUUGUAGUCACAACCUUUGCUUCUAUUGGAUGUUAGAGAGUAUGAAAAGUUAGAGCUGAGCUUCAUGUACAGAAAAAACACAUGCUAUAUUCCUCCUGGGGCUAUACUACUUCCCUGUGGAAGGAGAGAAACUAUGUGAUGUAAAACUAUGUAUAUUUGAAUGUUCAUGUUUCUGCAUGCAUGUUUGGGUUUAUAAGUGUAUACAUACCUAUAAUCUUAAGCAUACAAAUAAUCAUAAACUGAAACUUCCCUGUAUGUGAAAUGUUACUUAAGGAGAGUAAUUAAACUUCUCCUUUGCAGGCAAACUUUCCACAGGAAAGGAGGUUUUAGCAUGAUGCAGAGUGUUAAGUCACUUGACUGUGAACUUGAAGGGCUACGGACCCAGAAGUGCUGUACUGUGUGUAUAUGAGCCCUUACCCUUCUUCUUAAUGAAAGUACUAAGUGUAAUAUGUAACCUUGUUAUUCAGUUAAUGCCACUGAAAGAAGUCAAGGCCUUGCUGUGUUAGUGGAUUGAGGUUGCUUUAACUCAUCACAAAAUCAUCUUUCUUCCCGCUCCUGGUACGGCACGAUAUGGGAGCCAGUUUUAUGUUUUGAGAAUUGAUUAAAGAAGUGCAUAAUUGAAAAUAGCAUGCUGAUCCACCAGCUGUACUUGCUUGUCAGACAUCAAUGUGGAAAUUAAGGACUAAACCAUUACCUACUACUUACCUACUUACUUACUUUCUUACCUACUACUCCUGUGUGCACUGGGCUUACUUUUUGCCCCGGACUUUCUAGACACAGGUCCACUUUUGAAAGCUCCAUGUUUGAGCAAUUUCUAUUUCUUCUUCUUCUUCUUCUUCUUCUUCUUCUUCUUCUUCUUCUUCUUCUUCUUCUUCUUCUUCUUCUUCUUCUUCUUCUUCUUCUUCAUUCUCCCCACUGCUUUCCCCAGGAAAACCUGGUGUUUAACAUUGAAUUGGAGCAAAUGGCAAUUAAGGUAUUCUGCAGAUUGCCGUUGCUCCAGUUCAGCACUGGAGAGCAGGUUUUUGCGGGUAAAGAGCUGGGGGAAAGAAAGAAAGAAAGAAAGAAAGAAAGAAAGAAAGAAAGAAAGAAAGAAAGAAAGAAAGAAAGAAAGUGUGGUAAGUGUGGAUGAGCCCCUGAGUGAGAAUUUUACAAGCUGACUUGUAAGUUGCUUGCACUGGUGCAAUUCAGAGCUUGUGAUGUGCCUAUGCUAUCUAAAGUGCUCACUUUGAGAAAAUAGAACAUCCCAAUUUGAAGGGUUUGUUUGGCUAUCUUUCUGUCUCAGAAGCACCCUUUUAACAUUUUUGGUAGCCCACCAGACCUGCUGAUCUGGAUUCAGAUUACAGUCUAAGAUACCAGCAUAAAAUUGGCUUCAAAUGGUAGUCAUUAAUGUUAGAACUGUUGCUUUUCUGCUGGUUUUCAUUUUGUAUAAAAUGAAAAUUGAUUGAUCUCCAGGAAUGUUAAGGCUCCCUAAUGAAUUUAACUGCCAGCUAGCUCUUCUGUGUAUUAGUAUUUGAAAGAGAUGAAACAUCUCCAGGUCAUUGUGACUCAGUAGAGCAUGUUGUUCCCAGUGCUGCAGCUAGCAAUUCGUACUGUAUUUCUGUUUUUUAAAAAAUCUGUAUAAUAGAGAAAAUGAUGGUUAUAAAAAUUAACCAAAAGGCUGAUGUUUCUGUAGGAUUCUGAAGCUAUUAUGCAUAUAUGUUUAUUGAUUAAUGUAUGUUAAUAUAUCAUUCCAGCUCACUCUUUCAAGUUGACAAACAACAUUAUUUCAAAAGUUUGUUCUUUUUUUCCAGCUGAACAGCCAUUUCAACCAUUUUUAUUCAAACCUCCCAAAAUAAGAGGUUAUAACAAUCUAGGCAGAGUUAAUCACUUUUAAAAGAAGAGUUACAUAUCAGGAUUUUUUUUUAUUCAUAGACAAUGGCCUUUAGAACAUACAUCACAAAAAACCAAGAAAACUGAAAAGUCAAACAUACAUACUUACAGAUUUGCAAAUUAUCAAAACGUAAAAAAUCUAUUAGCAGUCAACAAAUGCAAUGCAACAUAAUCUUAAGCGUGUUUAUGCAGAAGCAUGUCCCACUAAGCUCAGUGUGGAAUUACUCUUUCUAAGGAUUUUAGCCUGGCAGAAUAGUCCUAGCUGUCCAAGUGGUCACUGCCUUCUCAGCAGCAACACUGAGAGCAAAACAUUACUUUUAAGUACCGUUGCAGCUACGACAGUCUUUCUCCCAACAACCACAGCAUCAGCACUAACUCUCACCAAUUACAGAGCAGCAUGCUCAUAGUACCUUCCCCUUAGCCAGGCGUGGACUGAGUCCGUGCUCACGAUUUCAAGAGAACAUGCUCAUGCAGCCAUUCUGCACCCCUCAAACAGAAGACGCUGCUCACCAGACAGAAGGACACAGUGCCUUUCCAGGCAGCAUAAACAGAAUGUGGGAAUGUACUGUAAAUAUUUUUCAUUGAAAUAAGCGGAACUUCAGAUUGUUUAACUUUGGCAAUAUCAUGCAUAUAGUCAAAGACGCUGUGUGCUUCACCAUUAACGGGUAAUCAUAAUUCAAAUGUGUUGCAAGGUAUCUAUGUGCAUUCGUGUUUCAAAUAAACUCAGGGGUUUUUUUUAAGAAAAGGACUGGAGGAUUGUCAACAAACAUGUUCAGCCAAAGCUUAUUUCUUUUUCUGUCUCGGAACAACCUGCUUUCUUAUUUGUUUGGUGAAUUAAUCUAACUAACUAACUUUUACUCAGAGUGUACUAUUGAAAUUAAUGAUGAUGACUAAAUUAGUCCCAUUUAUAUCAUUGUAGGACUACUCUGUGUCUAUAGCUUUGAAAACUGCAUGCAGUGAGCAUGAGCCACAGGCAUCUCAGGGCUCCAUUGCCCAUUGUAACAGAGGUAGUCCCAUUCGCCUCAGUGUCAGGGAUUGUUGCACACAUACAGCAUUGAGGCAUGUACAGAGCAUUUUUCAGUAUUGAUGAAAACACAUCCAUCUAUUCACAGGCAUCCCCAACCUGCGGCCCUCCAGAUGUUUUGGCUUACAACUCCCAUGAUCCCUAGCUAACAGGACCAGUGGUCAGGGAUGAUGGGAAUUGUAGUCCAAAACAUCUGGAGGGCCAAAGUUUGGGGAUGCCUGAUCUAUUCAUGUCCUCCAUAAGUGCCUCAUAUUCCCUGUCCAUGCGAGUGCACAUGCACAAGGGUCCCAGGUCAAACGGAAUGCCCGUGAAAAGCUUCACUACAAAGGAAGUGCAACUGUUGUAGUCUUAUUUGCCAUUUGUCCUUUCUUCAUGUUCCCACACCUGCAGAACACACAGUAUCCCCACUUAACCCAUGCACCAUAACCCAUACCUCUGCCAUGGAUUGAAUUUGGGUUGGGAUUUAUGAGAAGUAGACACAGGUGGGUUAUUGAUUUGCAUCAUUAGAAGCAUUUGAGAACAUGCUUCUGCUUAGCGUGGAAUUUGGAUUGGGCACAGGAGAUGAGACUGCUAACACUCCAUUCCUUUCCCCACAGCAUUUUGAUGGUGGUAAUUUUGUCAGCAGGUUGCACAGUCCAGAGUAGGAGGGUGAUUUCCUUCAGUCAUCCCAGGGUUGGAAAUCACAGUGUAGCAGACAUGACAAAGGUAGAUGUGGCCAACCAAGCAGCAAACACAAAUUAGAGAGACAGGGAGACAGAAAGAGGUUUGUAAGGCAAAUCUGUUUCAGAAGAGGGAAGGAUUUGCUGCUGCAGCUUUCAUUGUUCUAUUUUGAUAACUUGCUUCACCUACAUAAAAGAAUGAGUGGGUCUGUUUGCACAGCAGUAGGAGGUAAGAAACCUAAUUCGAUUUUAUUAAAACUAUUUUGUGCAUUGAAAAUACUGUAGCAGGAUUUCUUUUUUCAGGGUGUGGAUUUCCCCCCGAGCAGUGCUGAAUACAUUUAAUCAGCCAGAGCUGGGCAAAGGGUUUGGGUGCUGCCAUGCACAGACAGCAUACUCUUUUGUCUGCUGUAUGCUUCAUGAGACCAUGCCUGGAGUGUGCACCACUUUAGGUAUAAAAGCAAGAAUAAAAAUGCUGAAGGAAAAGGACCCAGGAUACAAGAGUUUCAUUUAUAAUUUAUGUCUUUGAGGAAGGAUUUUGAGACCAGGGAGUGUUUUACAAAUUGAUAAGAGCUAUUUUUUUCCUUAAAAGAAUUAACCCUGAUUAGAAUGUAUUAUAAUCUCUCCCCUGCCCCCUGUGCCCCCCCCCCCCGGUUGCUGGAAACAGAUAUUCAGCAGCUUGAAUUUUAACAGUCUUUCUGUAAAAAUAUUUCUCUGCUAGCUAGGCUUCAAUCAUUAGGCUGUACCAGGACAGUCCCAAUUCAUUUCAAAGGGUCUUACUACAGCAUAUAUUUUAAAGAGUACCUACUACAAUGGACAAAACAGCUGUAUGAUUUAUUAAUUUUUUUGUUAGAGCAAUUAAAAUAUAACACAUUCAAAUAUACUUCCAGUACAUUUUCAUUCUUCAGCAAUUAUGCCAUAUGGUGGGUGUUAAAGUGGCAAUAUAUGAAAAUUUAAUGUUAUAAAGCAAACUAAAGGGAGGCACAAAUCAAUACCCCUUCGUUGGGGUACUAUUUUGCUGCAUUUUAGGCUAAUUCAUACAAUUUAAUUUGAUUGUCACAAUCACGCCACUCUGGGCCAUGGCAAAGCAUCAUUGGGUCUCACAUCAUUCAUUGAACUGUAUCUCCCAUGUAGAUUUCUCCAGCUAGGAGUAGGAAUAAGCUUUCAUACAUGAAGGAUUGCUUACUACCUCCUGGGGGGAACAGUCUUGGAAUCAGGAUGUCUGUCAAGUAGGAUUGGAAGCAGUGAGGGAAGAGUAGGUUGGACUGGCCUAACCUUCCCUCCCCCUCCCAUUGUUUGUCACUUAGAUAUGCAACCUUUAUGAAAUUAGAAGAACCAGCCUUGUGUAUCCUAGUAGAAAAUACUAUAGCACAUACUACAUAAGUGGUACUGGGAGUCUCUGUAAGGAAAGGCAAGCCACACAGGCAUUUUUGGGUGGGCUAGAACAUCUUAACUAAAGCACCUUUCUCAGUUAUCUGCUUAAGAAUUCAUAUACCUUCAGCGCCAUUCCAAUGGAGCUGGCAUUGACCCAGGGCUUUGGGGUUAUGCCCACAGAUUGGUUUGCAGUCAGCUUCUCCAUAUACUUGCCCUGCAGCAAGUCCUUUGCAAAUUCAGCUUUUUACAGUACUUCUUCUUUUAAAAGAAGUUAAGUUCUAAUUCUCUGCAUAGGAAACAUGGGUGGGGAGGCUGAUUUUAAAAAGUGUGAAAAGUCGGGGAGAAAGCUGGCGCUCCCUUAGAAUUGAAAACAGCUGUAUUUUACACACAACUUUGUGUGUGCGGACUAGCAGAGGAUGAGCAGCGCUCUGUGCAGCAACAUCUCUUUCCACCUUUUAUUCUGGUACAGAGACUUACAUAAAGAGCAAAAGGAAGAGCUUUUGCUUUUACUGCUCUGUGUAAAAGCCAUUGACCGGUUAAGGUAAUGACAUCCUAAAGUGAAAUUAUAUACUUUUGUUGUGUUUAGAAUGAAAAUACAUUUGUGGGGGUGGAUGAGGGACUGAAGAAAACUGCAUAGCUUCCAGCUUGAAAGCACUGAUAGAAUCAUAACUUUAUACAAUGAAUUAAAAAAAAAAGGUUGAUAAAGCAAAGUGAAGUCCUUGUACCCUGUGAAACUUCUGAGUUCUACCUUUCCUGAAGCAGUCACCUGCAGCAUCAAGGAACUUCAAUCACGUCCCUCUAAUCGCAGUGCACACAACUGCCCCGGGGAAAGUAAUGAGAAAAAUGGGUGCACUCAUGCAAGUAUUUAGAUCAUGUGAAUUACACUUGAAAAUAGUAAUUACCCGUUUCUGGUUUGCUUUUGCAUUGUGUGUUAGCAAUAAGUGGAGGAAGUUGAAAUGUGAAACUAAAAAUUUUUGUAGGUUUUUUGUAUGUUGGAGCAAAUCCUGGACAGUAAGCCGCAAAGAAAGAUCAGCUGAAAAGGACCUCUGCUAAAUACAGCAUUCAACCAGAUACCAACUUUCAAGCUUUGUGGAUGCUUAGUCAAGCUUUAACUUUGUUUCUAGUCUUCCCCAAAGCGAAGUGUGACAUAAUGAGUUUAUUUGCACCACUGUUCAGUAAGAGGAGAUUGUGAUUCUCUUUGUUGAAGUGAAUUUGUUUGUUAUCUUAAAAGAAAAAGAAUUCAUUUGUGGCUCCUUAUAUACUGCCUGUUUUUUGUCAAUGGCUAAGACAGUUCUUGGGUUAUAAUAGUCUAGGAUAAUAGUCUGGAAUAAAUAGGAACCCCUAUAUGGUAUGUGUCUGUAGUGCAUAAAGUUAUCAUUCAGUAGAGGAAGGUCCAGGGUCUGAUUAUAAGAGCAACUCUUUAAAAAGUUACUCCUAGGGGCCAUACCUGAUGUGAUGGAUGCAGUUACAUUUUCUGUUCACAUGUCUGCCUGUUCAAAUAUAAAGUAGUGGGUGGAAGUCAAACCUUUGCACCAGAGAGAUAUAUGAGUGAUGGAAACUCAACUGGAAUUGAACCAGGAUGGGGAAGAGGUGUGGCUGAAGUGAUGGAACACAGAAAGGUAAAAUGAGGAAAGGAUCUUGUUCCCAUCAUCAACAUGCACCUCAUUUGCAAGCAUUGUAGCUUGCACACUCACCAAACUCACAUGACCAAAUGGGCAAACUUGGGAACAGGCAUAUGUGAUUGUUCCUAUCACUUAUACUUUGGCCUGAGGUGGUAGGUUGGAGAAGUUUACUAAGAGAGGGCAAGCAGUGGUGUUUGUUUCCUUGGAUUGCAAACAUGCUCUGGCUGCAUACAUUAACUUCAUUAUUCUUUGGUGAUUAGACCACAUUUUUGCUUACUGAUGGGAUGAUGAAAUGAUACCCCAAAGUUUCAAACCCAUAUUUCAACAAAUCGUAAAAAGAUUCUUCUGGAUUGGGUUUUUUGUUUGAUUGUAUGCUUUAUGGAGGGGAGACCUCUUUUAUUCUGCCUUGCUUUCUGAUGAAUGUCUAGUUUUGUCCCAAUUUCUUUUACUUUUACUAUAUAAUGUGGUUGUGACACAUACUGUGGCAAAUUUGCCCUAGACUCAUAUCUAGAAUUUUCGUUUUAUAUCCUUAAUCACUUAUGUGUUUGGAGCAAAGUCCUUGUUUUGGCUGUUGGGUUCAUUUGCAUUGUGGAAAGACAUGGACUUCUUCUACUCUUCCUGUAGGCACCAUAGAAAACAUAAUAAAUGCAUUCAUGUUGGCAAUGCAUUAAAUGUGUGUAUUGUGCCUUCGGGAUGACAUUGAGCUUAGCAUGGUUGGUUCCUUUCAUCCCAUGAUGUUGCAUCGGUGUCCAGUACGUGUCAGCAUGUUUCCAUUCUGUCUUGUGUUAUGUCCUUCUGUCUCUUCAAGUUCUCUGUGCAGUUUCUUCCUGUGUGUCUGUCUGUAGAUGAAGGAGCUGAGGAUGAGGUGGGACCUCUUCGCAGCAGCUCAUGGCAUGGGCCAGCUGCCACAGGGGAGAGGCGUAAGUUCCUUGCCCCUUCCAUUUCAGUGUCUGUGCCUGAUGAUGAGCCCUACAAUUCGGAUGAGGAGUACUAUGAACACCCUUUGUUCAGCUCCGAAUGGACUGAAGCUAGUGGACCUCCCAAUGCCACAGCCCAGAGUGCAGAGGCCUUUUUAGGCUAUGAAGAAGAAGAAGAAGAAGACACUGUUAAAGGUCCAGUGGCUGGCGAACCCAAACCUGCUGUUCCGCUUGGUGGGGAAUGUGAGAAAAUGAGGGAUCCUGCUGAGCCUUUGCAACAGGCAGAGGGCUCCAAAGAGGCCCAGCAGGACUCCAUUUCUGAAGACCAAGUGGCACGUAAUGGGAAAAAUGUUACUCUAGUUGAGGAGGAACCCUCGAAAGCCAAAAUGCCUUCCUUGGGUGAGGAAGCUUCGAAGAUGGAAAUCCAUGAGGAGCAUACAGGCCUUUUUGCAGCUGAGCCAUUAGGCCCAAAGGAACCAGAGAAAGGAAGUAAGACUAGUGAGCAACCUAUACAUGAUGCCUUAGUUCAACAGCCAGCAAAAACCGAGACUUUAGAAACAACAGAAUCACAAGGCAAAGGAGAAGAAAAAAUGCUUCCAACCUUGUCAGGACAGACCUUAGAUGCCAGUCCACAACAGAAAGAGGACAGGAAUUCUGUAAAAGCAGAUUUUGAUUUCACUGGAGAGCCACAUCUACAUAAAGAACCGAAAGAUUUGUCAACAGAGCUGCACAAAGAAAGUAAAACUGAUGAAAAGGCGCCAGAGGCCCAGAAACCUGUCGCUGAAGCACUACCCUUCAGGUCUAGAGAUGGCCAGUUUGAUGCUAUAAAAAGUGACUUUACCUCUCAUGAAAGCAUAGGUUGUUUCUCAUCUUCAGAAUUUACAGUGGGCCAAAAAAGCACAGUUAAAACUGUGUUUUCUUCUGAAACUUUGCCAGUUACUCUACAUAAAUCUGAGCCACAUGGUAGUAGGAACAUGAUGCAAAUAUCUACUGCUUCAGAGAUUGCCAAAGAUAGAAAAAUUGACAAAGAGCAAGCAAAAAAACAUGAAGAAGAAUUUGAAGUGUUGACUUCUCAAGCCUCAAAACAAAUUAGAGUGCAGACGCCCACCCAGAAUGUUCCUUUUUGGGAGGAAGAGAAAGAUAUGACAGAGGAUGAAAGCGACGAGGAGGGGUUCUCCAUUUCCAGUGGAAAAAAGCCCAAGAUAUUAGAUGAUCAUUUUUUAAAAGCUCAUGGCCAACAAACAACUGCUUUAGGUAAAGAAGUAGAAGGAACUGAUUCUAAAAAGCCUGCGGGUACUCUCAAAGCAGAAGAAGAGUUGGAGAAAACUGAGGUUUCAUCAACAUGGGAUAUUAAAAAAGAGGGAAAGCAUGGCACAGAGAGUUCUACAGAAAGACUCAGCCAAGAAUUACUUCCUGAAAAAGUAAAAGAGCCUUUAGAUAAAGCUAUAUUGCCUGCAGCAAUAGAGAAACCCACUGCUGAACCCAGCAAAGAAUCUGUGCAAGGAAAGGAUGGGAAAGGGGAAGUGUUCUCAGCUGCAGAUUCAGAAGCUCACAAAAUGCAGAUAGAGGAGGAUAAAUCAGGAAUGUCUACAUAUUUUGAGACUUCCACCCUUAAAGAUGAAACUAUCACGAGUGACAUCCUACAGCAAGGCAAAGAUUACUAUGAACUGAGUGAUACUAAAGAGGAGACCUACGACCCUUACCAUAAAGAUUUCAUCAUAUCUAAGAAAGACACUGAGGAAUUUCAGCCAGAGGCAUAUCAACACACCAGCAUACCUGCUCAUGAAAUGGGAUACAGCACCCUUGCCCAGGGCUUCCCAGAUGAUUCUGAGGAACCUAGUUCCCCUACAGAAAGAAUGUACACCAUUGACCCAAAUGUAUAUGGGGAUAAGAGAGAACUCCACAGUAAAAAUAAAGAUGACUUAACUCUAAGCAGGAGCUUGGGGCUUGGUGGGAGAUCUGCCAUAGAGCAGAGGAGUAUGUCAAUUAAUCUGCCCAUGUCCUGCUUGGACUCUAUAGCACUGGGGUUUAACUUUGGGCGGACACAUGAUCUUUCACCACUAGGUUCAGAUAUUAUGGAUAAUGCUAGUGGCGACGAAGGUGAUGAUUAUUUGCCAGCCACUACUCCAGCAGUAGAAAAGUCUCCCUCCUUCCCAUCAGUGAGCAGGGAAGAAGAUGAAAAAACUGAAGAGUCAAAAGUAAAAGAAGGAGGAGAGAUCCAGGUGGAGCCUUUGUGUGAGUCACCCUUCCUGGCUAAAGAUUAUUACAAAAAUGGGACUGUAAUGGCUCCUGAUUUACCUGAAAUGUUAGACUUGGCAGGCACAAGGUCAAGAGAAGCAUCUGUGAGUGCAGAUGCUGAGGUAGUCCACAGGAAGUCUGUUCCUUCAGAAGCAGUUGUAGAGGACAGUGGAGUGGCCCAGCUCCUCAUGGCUGAUGAGAACCAUAUGACUCUAAAAGCUGACAGUCAACUAGAAGAUUUAGGUUACUGUGUUUUCAAUAAGUACACGGUGCCAAUGCCAUCUCCAGUACAGGACAGUGAGAAUUUGACGGGGGAAAGCUGUCCCUUUGAUGAAAAAAUUAGAAGAGGUGUCGCUGCAGACCUUUCUUUGAUAGAGGUGAAGUUGGCAGCAGCUGAGAGAGCCAAAGAAGAAAGAGAGGCCUCUGGGGAAUCAGCAGUUUUGGGCAAAGAGUUUGAGCAGGAGAGAAAAGCUAUUGAUAAACUAGAUACUGUGCUAGAAAAAAGCGAGGAACAAAGUGACUCUAAAGAAGUUUGUUCUCAUGAGGACACUGAACAUGAAAAAGCAAAGCCUGCUCCAACUUUAGAAAGUUCAGGUGAUAAACAUAUAGUUGGACUGGAAGAGAAAGGUUCUUCAUUAUCCGAGAAAGAAAAAAAAGCUGUUCAUGUUGCUGAAGAGACAGGCAAGGCAGAAAUUUCCUAUAAACCAGACUAUGAUGCUAUAAAGCAUGAGAUGGAUUCUGCUGCUCGGCAAGUUGAGCAAGAAAACCAGAGUAAGUUAGGAGUUCAUGUCACUGAGCCUGUUACAGAGCAAGGCACAGAUGAUCAAGAAAAGACCCUCUCAACAUUGCCCCAAGACCCCAGUGUCUGUGCAAAAGCAGAACCUGCUCAAAUGAAAGAUGCCAAUAAACUCUCUGAAACUGAAGUUAAGGAGAAAGGAGCUAAGCCUGACCUGGUUCACCAAGAAGCAGUAGAUAAAGAAGAAUCGUAUGAGUCAAGUGGUGAUAAUGACCAAGCACAAGAGGGCUUGCCUGUAGAAACUUUAAAACCAUAUGAUGACAAAUUACGACUAGAAAGCCCUUCUUUGUCGGAAGAGGAGAUGGCAUCACAAUUGACAGUGGAACAACCAGUUACAGAAAGAGGUGUAUCUAAAGCUACCCAAGAUGAAACAACUGAAAUUCAAAUGGAGAACAUACCACAGCCUAAGGAAGAUAAUGUGGAAUCUCUAGGACUGGAAGGCUCUGUAAAAACUGAGGCAUUGCAGGAAGGAGAAGAACAAGAGAAGGAGAGUAAGCAAGCAGAACAACAACAGGAAGAGAUCAAACAAGCAGAAGAACAAGAGGAAGAGAGUAAGCAAAAAGAAUAUGAGGAAGAGAGUAAACUAGAGCAAGCAGAAGAAAUUAAGCAAGAACAGCAGAAGGAAAAGAUCAUGCAGGGAGGUGAGGAAGAGAGUAGACAAGAAGAGGAAAAGAGGAAGCAAGAGGAAGAGAUUGAGCAGGAAGAAGGAGAGAUGAGGCAAAGAAGCAAAGAAGGGGACUUUGGUGAAGAGCUUGAGGUGUGUGAAGCUGUCCCUGCGCAAAUGCCUGAACUCAAAGGAGUAAUAGAGUCUGUGGUUACAAUUGAGGAUGACUUCAUCACAAUAGUGCAGACCACAGUCGAUGAGGGAGAAACCAGCUCCCACAGUGUGCGCUUUGCAGAGGCACCACCGGCUGAUACAGAAGAAGAAAGCGUCCAUCCUGAAGUGGAGGUGGAGGUGGAGGCGGUGACUGAUGUAGAAGCAGAGACAAAAGAAAGCUCUCUGGAAGCUCCUGGCUCCCCUGAACAAGAAGAAAUCCCAUUGACUGAUUACAAGACAGAGACGUAUGAUGACUAUAAAGAUGAAACAACCAUUGAUGACUCCAUCCUGGACACAGACAGCAUAUGGGUAGAUACUCAAGAUGAUGAUAGGAGCAUCAUGACGGAACAGUUAGAGACUGUUCCUAAAGAGGAGAAGGCAGAGAGAGAAUUGCGGAGACCGUCUCUUGAUAAACAUAAAAAAGAGAAACCUUUAAAAACUGGGAGAGGCAGGAUUUCUACUCCCGAAAGAAAAAUAGCUAAAAAGGAACCUAGCACUGUCUCCAGAGAUGAAGUGAGAAGGAAAAAAGCUGUAUAUAAGAAAGCUGAACUUGCUAAAAAAGCUGAAGUUCAGGCUCACUCUCCCUCCAGGAAAAUCAUUUUAAAACCUGCUAUCAAACAUACUAGACCAACUCAUCUCUCCUGUGUUAAGCGGAAGCAGACAGCUGCUGGUGGUGAAACAAACCAAGGUCCUGGGGUGUUUAAGCAAGCAAAGGAAAAACUUUCAACUUCUUCUUUGUCAAAGAUUCCCGCCUCAAAGGUUAGAGCAAAGUCAUUGCUUCCUCCAAGACCCAGCUCAGCUUGCUCAUUAACUUCUACUAAAAAAGUUUUGCUUGAUGCAGACAAUUAUUUUGCCAGGCCCUCUUCUGCAGGCCCAAGAGACUGCUUGCCAUAUUCAAAAACAAAUGCUCAGGACGGUGUAACCAAGAGCCCAGAAAAGCGUUCCUCUUUACCAAGACCUUCCUCUAUUCUACCCACCCGGAGGGGCCUGUCAGGAGACAGAGAACGAGAUGAAAAUUCUUUCUCCCUGAACAGCACCAUCUCUUCAUCAAUGCGACGGACCACCAGAUCAGAGCCUAUUCGAAGCCGGACAGGAAAGAGUGGCACAUCAACCCCAACUACACCGGGUUCCACCGCCAUAACUCCUGGGACACCACCUAGCUAUUCCUCCCGUACCCCGGGCACUCCUGGGACCCCCAGCUAUCCCAGAACCCCCCAUACACCAGGUACUCCCAGAUCUGGUAUUCUGAUAUCCACUGAGAAGAAAGUUGCCAUCAUACGCACACCUCCAAAAUCUCCAGCUACCCCGAAGCAACUACGGCUCAUUAACCAGCCUCUGCCUGAUCUCAAGAAUGUCAGGUCCAAAAUUGGGUCAACAGAGAACAUCAGAUAUCAGCCUAAAGGCGGACAGGUUAGGAUUUUAAGCAAGAAGAUUGAUUUUAGCGAUAUUCAAUCCAGAUGUGGUUCCAAGGAUAACAUCACACAUUCAGCAGGGGGAGGAAAUGUGCAGAUCGUAACUAAGAAGAUAGACUUAAGUCAUGUGACUUCAAAAUGUGGUUCACUAAAGAAUAUCCGUCACAGGCCAGGUGGAGGGCGAGUGAAAAUUGAGAGCGUGAAACUGGAUUUUAAAGAAAAGGCCCAUGCAAAGGUUGGCUCGCUUGACAACGCUCACCAUGUACCUGGAGGAGGUAAUAUCAAGAUUGACAGCCAGAAGCUAAAUUUCCGAGAGCAUGCUAAGGCCCGGGUAGACCAUGGAGCCGAGAUCAUCACGCAGUCACCAGGCAGAUCCAGCGUGGCUUCCCCACGGAGGCUCAGCAACGUCUCAUCCUCUGGAAGCAUCAACCUGCUUGAAUCUCCUCAGCUUGCUACUCUCGCUGAAGAUGUCACUGCAGCCCUAGCUAAACAGGGCUUAUGAAUUUGCUUCAUUUAGCAGUGUUUGAAGUAAUAAUAUUUAGGCAUGAGCUCUUGCCAGGAAUGGGCUCUGAGCAGGUGUUAACAUUCAUUCUUUACCAUGUCUAAAAUUAAGUCACAUCCCAAGACUGUAGUAACCAUAAAAUAAAAACUGGGGGAAAGAUAUAUAUAGAUGCAGAAAUUGGCCUGAUUUCCAUUUACAGCAGGAAGACACUGGCUUUUAUGUGGGUACAAUUGCAGUAUAUAUUACAUUGGACAAUAAUUGUCGCUCUGCCCUGUCUUGCAUGGAGUACUGUACUAUGAUACAAUGCAUUUUUACCUUUCAUGUGCCUGAAGGCCACCCAUCCAUCCACCACUUUUUGAGGAGCCUUGUUAAAUACCUUGAGUUGCUCAUUUUACCAUUUUGUUGAUGGAUGGAAUUAGGGAACAUCUCCCAUUGUAAUUUACUAACAGGUUAAAUUAAACUGGAGAGUCUGAAUACCAGACAGAAGGGCAAAUAAAGAUGUCAAAGCUUCAAAAGGGGGUGUGCAGGGUUGGGUUAUUUUAUAUAAAUGGGUAGAAGAAAGAGUCGAUUAAGUUAUUAACGUUGUUGAACUUGGAUAAUUAUGUCGGUGUAUAGCUGAUUCCAAUAAAUUAUUUAACUAAUAAUUAAAGAAAGUAGUGGGGGGAAUCAUAUGAACUGUAUUGGGGAAGUGGCAUUUUUCUUUUCUAAAAGCAGCUACUGAAAAUAAGCAAUGGAAUUGUGUCUGAUUAGAAUGUUGGUUAAGCAGCUAGGUUUGUGUCUACACUACUGGUUUCACAUCCUUUCCAUCUGUUUGAUACAGUAUUAUUAUAGAUAUAUAUUUCUCUGUGGCCAUUUGUGAUACGCCCUCUCAUACUUGAAUAUUCUACUUCUUUAUUCACAGUAUCUGUGUCUCUUGCACCCUUUGGUGUUGCAAUUUUAGGUAUGUAAAAGUAGAUGUUAGCAGGGUUUUUAUUUCCCUAUUCAGACUUUAAAAAAAAUACAAAAAGGCAAAGAUCUUUUAGCAUGAAAUUGCUUUCUGUAACAUCUUAAAACUGUGACCCUGUUUUAGUGCCAGAUGCAAGUCUCUUCUGUGAUACGAGAAAAAAUACUCUCCCUUCUUUCUCCCACACUUACUCAUUCUUUUUUUAUUAUUAUUCACCAUGACCAUAUGGGGUCCAAGUAUCUUUAUAUAUAUAUAUAUAUAUAUAUAUAAGUUUUCCAAAAAGAUGGAUUUGGAUUCUAAAUUAAUAAAAUAAAUUAAUGGUUCUGUUUUGCCAUUUUAAAAAAAUCCUGCAGUAAGAGUGGAAUUUAAAGUUAUUUAUUUAUUUAUUUAUUUUCUUUUGCUAAAGUUGAAAUUCCAAGAAACAAUGGGGGAGUUUAAACAGAAGUCAUUCCAUUACUUUAAUGGCAUCUUUGCAUAGAUGUGCUCAGAUGUCUCUGGAGAAUGAUGCUCUGGAGAGAUGCAUACAUAAUGCAUGUUGAUUACUGGUAACAUAAUUAAAUAAGCUUCUUAUACAGCAUCACCAAGGUGAUGGAACUGAUAAAUAAAUCUGCAGAAUGUGUAUGUUGAACAUAAAAAGUAUAUGACAAGUGUGUGUAAUAAGAAAUAAGACAAGAACGCCUAGACAUUAAAACAAGUGGAGUCUAGGGGAUUUCCACCACUGCCACAUGGACACUAAGAGAAUACUGGUGGUAUGGUAAUAUGACACAUAAGUGGACAAAUGUCUACUCAUGUUAUGUAUGUUAGCUUUGACUAGAUGAUAAUAAUUACUUAUUUCAACCUGCAGAUCGAUUGCUCAUUUCCUUAUAAAGUCACCUGCAUAACAUUUGCAUGCUCUCAAGCUGAGCUGUACAUGAACAGUUCAUUAGGAUGAUUUUACAUGUUGGAAGCUUUUUGAAAAGGGCUACCUCUUAAACACCUUAAUUUACAAAAUAUGUAUCCAGUACUGAUUUUAAAAUGUUUUUUUAAGAUAGAAAACAUCAAUGGUAUGAUCAACCAUGAGUCUUGGUAGCACCAUAAAGACUAAAACAAUUACCAUGGCAAAUGUUGCAGGGACCAGAACCAAAUCAUCAGAUGCACAGAUCAGACUUGCAAUAUAUUCCAGUACUGUUCCCUUAGUUAUGGAGUUCCAUAAAAUUAAAUUGGAUCCUGAACAUUAAAAAAGCUUUCUAAAUGGCAUCAGCUCUUAUUUCUAAUAGGUAAAGCUUCAGCGGUGUAUUGUAGAGCUUCUUCAAAUUCAUGGAAUGAAUGAAAGCCUAAAUAAUACCCUUAUACAUUACAUCCUAAAAGUAAUCUCAUGUUAUAAGAUGCCUCAUUCAGUUUAUGAUGCAGUCAUAUAAUUAAUUAAAAAAACUGGCUUAAACAUCAGUGCAUCAGGAGGACUCUUAUGGCUGUGAUGUUGCUUAGAAUAAUCGUACAAAAUACAAACACUAAGAACAUAAAAAGAGCUCUGCUGGAUCGGAAUAGGGGUCCAUACCGCCACCGCUUCAGGAAAAAAAAUAAAGGCAAAAGAACAGUAUUUUUAAUGAAAUGUUGUCAUUCUGACUCUAUGCCAUUGGUUCUUGCAGAUUAGCCUCUCAGUGUUUUUACAUCCUUUUCCAAUCUUAGAGCGAGAGAGUGCCCAAGGUACUACUGAACCUCAUGUGGACUGAUGCUGAUUGCCAGCCAGCCAGAACAGUGUUUAAUCUGUGACUAUUUUGUAUUCUGCUUUUUUUGGAUAUAAACACAUUCUAGAUGGUGAAGUUAUUUAUUGAGUAUAUAUGUCCAACGCUGCCGAGUCAUUAAUUUCAUGCUGCAAAUUUAUCUUUCUCAUCUUCAAGAGAAGUCCUUGUAAUUGAUAAUCAUCCUUCCAUAGAAAGUUGCAGAAUUUUGCUGAAGUCAUACAAGUUGAAGAGCCAGCAGGAGAUCAUGUUGUUAUUAAAAGAAAUGCACACACUAUGUUACAGGACUCUAGAUUUUUGCUGGGGUGGUAGCGGGGGUGGGGGUGGGGAUCAGCUAAACCUCCAUUUCCCAUGCCUAAACUUCAAUUUCAAUUCCCCAUGCCUAAGCUAACGGCACAACAAUUCAGGGGAAAGUUACCUUGUGCAGCAGCCGCACAAGGGCACUGCUGUUCUUCAUGUCAGCAAGAUAACAUUUUGCUGGAUUGUGCCCUAUUGCAAUUAUCGGAAAGCACGUAUUUGUCAGUUUUAUGGAGCUGGCACUGUAACACUGACGAACGAGCUCUUUAAGUUCAAGUAUAAUGAAGUAAUGUGCACUUAGCAAUUUGUGGAGAAGAUUAAUAAAAACAUGUAGGGCCGCCAUAGAUGGUUCAAUCAAGAAAACAUCUGUCCCUCGGGAUCCCUCUGUUUCUCUCUGCUUACAUGGCAUUUGCUUCUGUGUAAUCCUAGGCAUGAUGAGACAAAAAAAAAAAAAGACAAGCAGACAUUUUUUGUCCAGCAACAGUAGUCCAAGCUGCUAAUUAUAAGGAUAGUCCUUUUGCCUACUGGGAUAUUAUCUAUAGGACAUAUAUGGCAUUAGACAUCUAACCGUAUGCUCUCCUAUACAGCUGCAACCUUUCUCUUCAUAAUGGCUGUUUGCAAAUAUCUAUGUCUGCCUAAUGUACGUCCCGAAGGAUCCAAAAACGUGGACCACCAAGUCAUGAUAAGCAUGCAAGGGGCUUUUCUGUAGUCCUGGAUUCCAGACUCCCUUCCAGAAAAGAUAUAAAGCAAAUCAGCAUAAAAGAGGAAGGCAGCUGGAGGCCAAAGCUUUAACCUAAGCCAGGGCUCCAGUCUCAGAGCUGCUAGGCUGAGCUAAGCCCACUAGAGGAUUGGUAGACCCUCUGGUUUUGCUGCCUCCUUAGAAGCAUAAAAACCGGGUAGUAGUUGCUGAGCCCCCAAAAGGACACCCACCCACAGUUGACCGGGUGUGAUCAGCUUGGUUGUGCAGGCCUAGCCAGGAACUGCUAGGCCUGCAAUGGUAAUCAGUUUUUAGAUUUAGUAAGGUCAGGCCUAACAGUCAUUUCAACUUUAGCAAAGAGAAACAUAAAAUCGCCUUCUGUGGGCUGGGAUUCCUCCUUCCCCUUUCCCUUUUUUUUCAAAAAAGAAGAAGAAGGAAACAACAGUAGGUUAUUACAAAGCCCAUGUGGCCAUUUCUUUUCCUGGCAAUUCUAGAUCCUGUUAUCAUAAAAGAGGCAUUUCAUGAAUGGCUGGUGGUAGGUAGUUCAUGUUUUUCAAUCCAAUUUGCAAUUGUAUUUGUUGCUGUAUAGUGAUUGUUUUGCAAAAUAAA